UUUCGGUCCAUCCCUAUGUGCGAUAGAAAAGCUCCAAUCACCGCAACUCCGGCGCGGUGUCUGCGCUGUUGUCCGGCUCCUUGUUGUGAGCCCUGUGUCUCCUACUGCAUCUUUGAUUUGGAAAGUGCAGUUUUCGACACCCGUCACAUUUAUCAACGUGCCUGCCGCGAACUCUUGGCCAGCUAUAACAAGUCUCUGCCGGAUUCGGUGCUGAUGCAAUGUGGUCCAAUGGAGACACCUGAGAUGGCCGAGCUGAUAUGCCGCAAGUGUGAGUUGCCUGUUGUGUGGGAACAGUUUCUGGUGCAGUUGAAUGAGCACACCUGUGAGCUGAUUGCCAAUCCUCCCUUGAUGGAGGGCGUGGAGCGUCUGGUGAAUCAUUUGCAUUGCAAUUGCAUUGGCCUGGCCUUGAUUACGGCCAGCAAGAGAUCCUUAUUCUGCAAGAAGAUUCGUGGCAAUGAGGACUUCUUUAAGCUUUUCGAUCAUGUGCUGUGUGCCGAUGAAUACAAUCAACCGAAGCCUCAACCCGACUGUUAUUUGCUUGCCAUGGAUCUGUUCUGUGAGCGACCCCCGCCGGAGUGUUGUCUGGCCUUCGAUGGCACAACGAAGGGUGUUCAGGCGGCCAGAGAUGCUCACCUGCAGGUCAUUAUGUUGCCUGAUCCCGAUCUGCCCUGUUGUUGGUCCGAGUUGGCCACCCAACGUCUAGAGACGCUCAAGGACUUUGAUCCUGAAGACUUUGGCAUGCCAUAUCUAGAGCCCCUUUCCGAACCGUCGCCUCCGGAAUCUCCGCGUAACAGUGUGAAUGACAAGGCUAUCGAAUCGUCACAAGAGGAAGAGCUAAGGGGCAGCACCCAAGAGGAGGAGGCGCCACCAGCCGAGGAGCCAGCAGCUGAAGCAGAAUAGAUUUUAUGCAUCAAUAUUGAAUGUUUUAACAACAAUAAAAGUCAACAAAUUUAUAAACAAUUAA